AAAACUGUUGUAUAAUUCCAGAUGAAGUUAGCAGGGAUUCUAUUAUUCAUCUCGUUCUGCCUGCUAGAAGAAUAUUCAGCAAGCAAGGAGGAGUAUGGAGGGUUCUACCCUAGCUAUAUUGGAGAAAGGUCUAACUUGGCAGCACUGAUAAAACGUUCCAUUGGAUUUGAUCGGGAAUCUCCUGAGGGACAGCUCAGGGAGAAAUCCCAGCUCCUACUGUCAGUUCAGGCUCCGAUGGAUGUACUUAGAACAGCACAUCUGAAGUCUAUGCUACGAAGACAGGGUAAGUUGGCCCCAGGACAGAGAGAUUACUUAGUCAAUAUUGGUUAAA